GCAGCACCGCCAUGUUGCGCUGCGGCCUGCGCCCGUCCUUCUGCCCUCGGACCGGCGACGGGGGAGGGCACGCGGGGGGCUCUGGGGCUUCCUGGCGUCGGUUGGAGCGCUUCCCACAGCGCGGCGGAGCGCGGGAGGGCGAGCCUCCCCGCAGCGCACGGCUCGACAAGUGAAACCGCCGUUGUUAUGACUGCUGACGGGCCUCAACGCGGUCCGGAGCCCGGCGCCCCGUCACAGGAAGAAACAACCGCCCUCUCCGCGCUGUUCACCGGCUCCAUUCCCCUCGGCCCGCCCCGCUCGGCACCGCCCACCGCUCCCCUCACGGCCGCGCCUUCCCGCCGCGCGCCGUCCCGUCACCAUGGCAACCGCGCUCCUCCCGCCGCCAUGGCGGAGCCGCAGGCCGGGGCGGUUUCUUCGUCGCCUGUGGUGGCGGAACCUCCAAAGCCCCAUCCUAAAAGAGUGCCAGAGAUACCCAUCCUGGAGAGGAGGAACUGGUUCAUCUAUCUGCUGUACGUUCGCAGAGAAUAUGAAGAGUGCAAGGCUGUCAUCAAAGAGCAGCUCCAGGAGUCCCAUGGGAGAUGUGAAUAUGCUGUCUACGUUCAAGCUUUGAUAUUUCGCUUGGAGGGGAAAAUUCAAGAAUCUCUUGAACUCUUUCAGACAUGUUCCAUUCUGAACCCUCGAAGUGCUGACAACCUCAAGCAGGUGGCGCGAUCGCUGUUUCUUCUGGGGAAACACAAGGCUGCCAUCGAAGUGUACAACGAAGCAGCUAAACUCGAAAAGGACUGGGAGAUCAGCCACAACCUGGGUGUGUGCUACAUGUACCUGAAACAUUUCAACAAGGCACGAGACCAGCUAAACAAUGCCCUGGAGAUGAACAGACACGAUCUGACUUACAUGAUGCUGGGAAAAAUUCACCUCUUGGAGGGGGAGACUGAGAAAGCCAUCGAAGUCUAUAAGAAAGCAAUAGAAUUUUCUCCAGAAAAUACAGACCUCCUUACAAAACUGGGGUUAAUUUACUUGCAGCUUGGCGAUUACCAGAAGGCUUUUGAACACCUUGGGAAGGCACUCACUUACGACCAGGGCAACUACAAGGCCACCUUGGCAGCUGGCAGCAUGAUGCAGGCCCACGGAGAUUAUGAUGUUGCCCUCUCCAAAUACAGGGCAGUGGCCAGCAGCGUGCCCGAAAGCCCUCCCCUGUGGAACAACAUUGGGAUGUGCUUCUUCGGCAAGAAGAAAUACGUUGCGGCAAUCAGUUGCUUGAAGCGGGCGAACUACUUGGCUCCCUUCGACUGGAAGAUUCUGUACAAUUUGGGCUUGGUCCACCUCACGAUGCAGCAGUACGCGUCCGCUUUCCACUUCCUCAGUGCUGCCAUCAACUUCCAGCCCAAGAUGGGAGAGCUGUAUAUGCUCCUUGCAGUCGCUCUGACAAACCUUGAAGACAUUGAAAAUGCAAAACGUUCCUAUGAGCAAGCUGUGGCAUUAGACAAGUGCAAUCCCCUCGUCAACCUGAACUACGCCGUGCUGCUGUAUAACCACGGGGACAAGAAGGGGGCCCUCUGCCAAUACCAGGAGAUGGAGAAGAAGGUCGCUGCACUGCAGGAGAGCAGCACUCUUGAUUUUGACCCUGAGAUGGUGGAGGUUGCCCAGAAGAUGGGAGCUGCCCUGCAGGUCGGGGAGAGCCAAGUCUGGACGAAGCCUGCUAAAGAGUCUAAAUCCAAGCAGCGAGCUGCUCCAUCAGGGAAGUCCACCAGCACACAACAGCCCUUGGGCUCCAACCAGGCCUUGGGUCAAGCCAUGUCCUCAGCUGCUGGCUAUGGGAAAAGCAUGCAGCUUCCAUCAGGUGCUGGAGCAUCAGCUCCCCUUGCAAAGCCUCCCUCGCUGCCCCUGGAACCAGAGCUGGGCUCAGAGCCGGGCCCGGAGGAGACCUCAGCACCAGCAGAGGCCGAGGAGCAGCAGCAGGAGAAGCACAAGAGCCAGCAGGCAGCAGACUAGGAUGGGCUCGAGGUGUGGGAAAUUCCAGUGCUGCCUGACUUGUGGGGCAGGGGACCUGCCCUCCUCCGACCCAUGGUGGCUUCACCCCGCUGUCUGUUAGUCUAGAUGUGCCAUUUCUGUCCGUGAUUUUAGCACGUGGUCUCUGCCUUGUGCCAGGAGUCACUGCGGCCGUCAGAAGAGGCUGCUACGUAGCUACCAUGAGUGUGGUCACACCUUACUUCCUGCAGGAGUCUGGAGGAUGGCAGCUCCACGGCGAGCGUGCAGCAGCACAGAAGUCAGACAGUCCCAGAUUCCAAAUUCUUUGCUGAGAAUCAGGGUGAAUGAAGCUCAGCGAAGCCCUGUGCUCCUGUGGGUAGAGUUCUUCCUUUAGAAUUAGUAUUGCCCAGCACGGGGGAAGAUUGGUUUGUGGGGAAAAUAAAGAUCUUUUCUGAGAAGGC